UGUCACCAAUGUGACGAGGGCAGAUGAGGAAGUAGAGCAGACUUGUGUGCGGGCGAAACUGAGCGGGAGAAGGCAGAAGGUAAACAUGCAACAUAGUUAAACUGUGACCGGUUGUUGUUGUGUUUAAUAAAGAGAUGGUGCGCGUGUGUUUCCCGGAAUCUUUCACCCGUUCUCACACAACUGUAAGACGAGAGACAAUAUUAAAGUUUCCCUCUUGAGUCACAACUUUCACCCCGCAUUUUAAACUACACACACUGUAGUUUCACAGGAGCAUGUUUCACCCAAACUAUCCGAGCAGGGCGUUUGUCAGCAGAUUGAUUCUCCUCCAUGUCCAAUUUAAUAAACGACUUGUAACAAUGUCAAUAGCGAAGCUCUCAGAAGAAAGCUCGGAGCGUCUGAGAGGCAGCAGUGUGUUACAGAUCAAUGCAGACAGGAGUGAAGCAGACUUCAAUGGCGGGGUGACAACGAGCAGCGUGGGGGGUGAGAACGAGCACGCUGAGAGAAAGUUCACACAGGAAGAGAUGGCCAUCCACAGAAUCCAUACAGAGGCAUGUGAGGCAAAGAAGCAGAUGUAUGUCGACCCUUCCAGUGGGUACAAGGUGUUCACGGAGUAUGCCCACCUUCAGAGAGGGAAAUGCUGUGGCAGCGCGUGCAGACAUUGUCCGUACGGCCAAGUCAACGUGAAGGACCCCUCGAAGAAGAAACACUUUAACUCUUUAUUUUAUGUAUAGGCCAAACAGACUCAUGCCACAGGUAAAAAAAAAAGCUGUUUAGAAUGGAACGCACCACAUGUUGCUUGUCUUCUGCCUGUCGUUAUUUGGACUACUUGAGAGUCAUUUUUUAGCAGUGUGCUAAAUGAUGAAAUAUGGGUAGUGUCUGUGCAAUACUCACCUCCUAUGAAUCACAACUAUUCUUAGGGUUAUUUUCAUUCUCACAAGACAAGGAAGAAGCAGGAAGGAUCUGUUCACUGCAACCUCAUGUAAAAUAGUCUUUUAUCGCAUUUUAGUUUUGUUAUAUUUUUCAGAUAUGUUUCUUGAAAUGUCCAGUGCAGUGCCUUGAGUUUCAUUUUUCGUCUCUCUUUAAGAGUAUUUAAUAUUUUGUGGUAUUCAGCUCCUCUGAUGCAUUUAUAAGGGUUGUGGGAGUAUGGAGAUGAAAACUGAAAGAGCAUUUUAGAUCUUCGCCCUCCAGAUAAAGGGCAUAUAAGCAAAAGUAGCUGUAGAUAGUCAGAUGGAGUCUUGUGCUCUUUUGCUUUGCAUCUCUUGUUGUUUUUUUUUUUUUCCCUCUCCCAAAUGUACUACUGCAUGAAUAUUAGCAUCAUUUACACUCCACAAGUUGCUCGACUGAACUGUCUACCUUUGACUGAAAUAUCGUGUUGUUAAAAAUAGGCAGGGGCAAAGGGUCAGCCCUCACACUUGGCUGCGCUGCUUUUACACCACUUGAUGGAAUCAGGCUGUUAACAAACAUGCAAUGGACAUCAACGGCAGCCCUCCCCACCGGACUCGCAGCUCAGCCUCCUGGCAACACUUGGCUACAGCACAGCUCCCUGCAGCUGCUCUCCUGAGCUGCAGCCUAAUGAACUCCUGGGCCCUCUUAUCCCAGCACUGCAAUAGAUCAGCAAUAGACGCGCACAUGCAUAGGCAGCCUUACGCUAUCAGAAUACCCCGUGGCUCCUAAUAGGCCAAUAUAGAAUAAAGGUUGCAUUAAACGCCCGCACUUUGUAGCCCACAGUAAUAGUACAAGGUAGGGUCAAGCGCUCCUACGGCACUACCUGUGCGUGCAAGAGACGAUGAGGAAAGAUGUGCCACUUGAUUUGAGAGUGCAUGUGGGCAGGCAGCGCGAUGCCUUCAGGCGCUGGCUCUGAACCUGCCACACACACUCGCCCGUCUCCGCCUGAUUGGGCAAACAGCGUCGGGAUGAGAGGAUGUGUCUGCCGCGGAAUUCUGUCGCAGCCGCCUACUUGGCGCGACCACAAUUUUCCUCGGCAGGUGGGUCCCAAAGGCAAGUGCUUAGUGAUCGGAGCAAAGCCCUGUGAGCGGCUACAAGGAGAUUCAUGAUCCCAACAGUGCUGGGGAGGACAGGUUCUCGGGGACGCGUCGUCAGGCGGGAUGAGAGGCGAAUUUAUUUGGUGUUAUUCUAAACCGAGGCAGCGGAGCGUGCGGCAGCAACAUUUCUACAGCGGGACGGUGAAGGUGUCACACUCAUCAAGUACCUGGGCCCGCUUGCCUGCCGCGGCUCUGCGGGUUUUGCCUAGGGACUUGUCUGUCACAUUAAAGUAGAUGCAUUGCCAUUCAGGGCCUCGGCGGUCCCGCAGCCUGACCAUGAAAUAGGCCAACUUUCAUGUCUGCCUCAUCCCUCCACGUCUUCCCAAUCCAGUGAUGGCACAGUUUGAAAUGUUUUUUUUUUUCAUCAUCAUCUAGCCUAGCAGUUGGUGACUUAGACACAAACAGCACAGCAAUCCUUUCGACAGAUUUAUGGAGAAAUUUACUUGAAAAUCUACCUCUCCUGCCACCAGUUUUGUCUCAGGCAUUUUCUUGAAUUGUGUUUCUUUAAAUGUGUGAUUGACAGAUGUCAUGUAUACACACAAUGAGAGCGCAUCAAACUAAAAACAAUCCAAUCAUC